CGCUUGCGCGUCAGAAGAGGCGACGCCGCGGCUGCUGGACGCGCAUCUUUCCGGGUACGCUCUAGUCUCUCGCGCCCCACCCCCGCGCCGGAGCUCAGUGAAUCCCCCCCCCCCUUUCCCCGCGCCGCCCUACCCAGCCCCGUGCCUCGGGGGCUGCGCGCGAGAUGCGGACACGCGCGGCCGCCUUCUCGGGCUGAGGCGAGGCGGAGGCGCCCGGGGCGAUGCUGCGCAGCCAGGCCCGGGGAGAGACGAGGAGCCGUCUAGCAGGUACAAAACCAUGGCCAAGAGGAUCGCGGAGAAGGAGCUGACAGACCGGAACUGGGACCAGGAGGAUGACGCGGAGGAGGUGGGCACGUUCUCGGUGGCGAGCGAGGAAGUCUUGAAGAACAGAGCCAUCAAGAAGGCGAAGCGCAGGGCCGCGGUCCCCGAAUGUGAAAGCGGAGGAGCUUUUAAAGGGUUCAAAGGCUUGGUCUUACCUCCGGGAGGAGGAGGAGGGCUCUCUGGCUUCGGCAACGGCACCAGCAUCAAGACUCUGGAAGGCCUGUCCAAUGGCAGCAGCAUGGCUUCUAUGCCCACGCUGGCCCUCGCCAAGGCCGCAGUAGAAAAGAAGGUGGCCUUUGGCCGUGGCACAAUCAACGGCCCGACGGCUUCCUUGGGGGCAGACAAGAAGGCCACUGACCUCAAAACCAACGGGGACAGCCAGCAGCCUUCCUCGUCCUCCAGCCACAGCGCCCAGGGCAAGGCCUGUAGCGCCAGUGCCUACCACCGACAGCUCGCCGCCUUAAACUGCUCCGUGCGCGACUGGAUCGUCAAGCACGUGGACACCAACCCCCUCUGCGACCUGACGCCCAUCUUCAAAGACUACGAGAGAUACCUCACGAGCAUCGAGCAGAUGCCCGGCAACAGCAGCGACGGCAGCUCAGAGAGAGAAGCCGGCCGGCAGCCGUUCGGGACUGUGCCUGGGCCCCCUGUCCUGGGGCCGUCCCAGAAAGCCCAAGACUCCCCCUUUCUGUUUCACCCAGACAAAGCCGAGGGGGCAGCGGAGAAGCGGACCGAAGCGUCGGUGGAGAAGAAACUGGCCCCGGCCCUGGCGGCGGCAUCUGCCGCCUCCUUUCACUUUGGCCGGAAGGUCGACAGCUCAGCCCUGGGCCCCCUGGGCUCUGGCCCAAUGGCAAACUUCUCCUUCUCUCCGGGAAAUGCAGGCAUUUUUGGCAAAGACGUGACUCAGGCGAGCCCUGUCUCCUCCUUCUCCCCCAAAAUGCCAGAGGGCCACACAGAUGCAACUGCUGGCGACAGCAAAGGUGCUGAAGAGGAAGAGAGUGAAGAGCCCCCCAAAGUGAUCGUGACAGAAGUCAAAGAGGAGGAUGCUUUUUACUCCAAGAAGUGCAAACUCUUUUACAAAAAAGAUAAUGAGUUCAAAGAGAAGGGUGUGGGCACACUGCACUUGAAACCUGCCGCCAAUCAGAAGACCCAACUUCUGGUUCGAGCUGACACCAAUUUAGGUAACAUACUCCUGAAUGUCCUGGUUCCGCCCAACAUGCCCUGCUCCCGAACUGGCAAGAACAACGUUCUCAUUGUCUGUGUCCCCAACCCUCCCAUCAACGAGAAGAGCGCCACUGUCCCCGUGACGAUGCUCAUCCGGGUCAAGACCACCGAGGACGCCGACGAACUGCACAAAAUCUUGCAGGAGAAGAAGGAAGUGUGAAGGCGCUAGCGGGUGCAGAGACUCGUUUGCCAAGUUGCUGCUUUUUUCCCUUAAACUUAUUCCUUUUAUUCUUAACUUUCUACUUUGACAUUCUAAGAACGUACAGGUAUUCUGAAAGGUAUUGUCGGGGGAAAAUUACUAUGGCCAAUAAAAAGCUUUAACUGAA